UGUGCUUAGGAGAAAGUUUUGUAGAAGCAGUGAGCGGCGAGGCUGGCUGAUUAAAAACGACUUCCUUCCUCUGCCGGCGCAUUAGCAUGGAGUUGGGUUGCUGUAAGUGCGAACUCAACAGCUUCUCAUACAAACAAGCUUGUAGGCCGCUGGAUCUCGCAAGAACUUAAACCACAACCAACGUUCAAACAUGAAGGAUGCAACGGGACUGAUCGUUGUCGUGUUGUUUUUCCUGAUGGGAAGAACCGGCGGGAUAGAGCCGGAGAGUGUUUACUGCAUUGGGAACCAGUGUUUCACGGUGGUCCGAGACCCCAGCAAUUUCAGGACAGCGCAGGAUCUGUGUAGAUAUCAAGAUGGUCACUUAAUGACAGUGCGCUCAUCUGUAUCAAAUGAUAUUCUGUCGAUCCUGCUGGGGAACAUUACAGGGCGGUUCUGGAUCGGUUUGCAUCUAACCGCCAGCUGUCCAGACACCACUGCUGGGCUGAGAGGCUUCCAGUGGGUGACCAAAGACACCGAAAGUGACUUCCUCAACUGGGCGCCGAGUUUUGACAGCAGCUGUUCUUCUCAUCGCUGCAUCUCAGUUUCCAGAGCGAGCAAUUUUACAUGGAUCCAGGAACCAUGUGACGAACAGGCGGCCGGGUUUCUCUGUGAGUACAGCUUCUCUGAACCGUGCAAAACUCUAGCGGUUGCAGAGGACAAGUCUGUCAACUACAUGACCCCUGUGGGAUUUGGUGGCGAGGAUAUGCUGUCUCUGCCCCCUGGAAGCAUCGCUACCCGCAUGCCGUCUGAGCGUAAAUACAUCUGCUUCUCCGAGCAGUGGGUGCAGGCGCCCUGGACCUGCGAGAUACAUACAGGCGGCUGUGAGCACAAAUGCAUAACGGAACCUAAAGGUCUCCCCUCCUGUUACUGCCCGCCGGGACAGAUCGUCAGCCCUGCAAAUAAUGUCACCUGCGAAGUGUCCGCAGAGGACCCGUGCCAAGGCCUGAGCUGCCAGCACGGCUGUUACAAGACCGGAGACUCCUACGCGUGUGCCUGUGAGCAGGGCUUUAAACUGGCGGAGGACGGAAGGUCGUGCGUGGACUUCAAUGACUGCUCGGACCAGCGACAGUGUCCCGGGGAGAACUUCAUGUGCAUCAAUGUCAUCGGCGGGUUUCAGUGCGUGUGCAAGGAUGGAUUCUCGAUGAGCGGCGGUCUGUGCGUCGACGAGGACGAGUGCGUGUCCGCUCCAUGCGAGCACCUGUGUGACAACUCUCCUGGUAGCUACACGUGCUCGUGUUAUAGUGGAUAUAAACCGGACCCAGAGUCACCGAAUAAGUGUAAACUUCACUGCGGGAAGGAAGAGUGCGCUGCGGAGUGCGACCCGAAUGAUGCGUUCCAGUGUUACUGCCCUGACGGUUAUGUUUCAGAGGAAAGAGUUGAUCAUGUAGUUUGCAUGGACAUUGACGAGUGUAGUUCUAACUAUUGUGAUCACCAUUGUAAAAACACAUUCGGCAGCUAUCUGUGCACGUGCUCUACAGGAUAUACGCUAGUUGACCAAUACAGGUGCGUAAAAACCGGCACAGAUGACUGGAUGGAGAGCUCAACUCCAGACGUCCCCACAACACCAUAUUUACAACACACUGAUCCAACGAGGCAGCCCCCCGGGGUGACAGCGGGGGGUCUUGUUGGGAUAAUAGUGUUUACGGUCUUUUUCAUUGUGCUGGUGGUUUUUCUGGCUCAUCUCAUCUUUAACCGCAGAGGGAAGAUGGAGAGCAAAGCGCAGGAGGGUGAGACUCAUGGUUUACACCACGUGACGAGCGACGCUUGAUAAAAGACGAAGAGUCUCAGAAAGAGAGAGUGAGAGAGAGAGAGAGAGAGAGAGAGAGAGAGAGAGAGAGAGAGACAGCUGAAGAGAGACGUGUGAAUGUACAGA